AUGAUAUCAACCAAAGAAAUCAAUAAACAUGAUGCUCAACGAGAGUGUAACCAACAAUUUGAGAUUAAUGCUAAUAAUAAUUCAAUGUUGAAUGGUUUCAUGCAUAGUAAACAAUACAAUAUGAUGAAACAUAAACCAAAUGAAAAUGCAUUACAUCAAAUUGAAACUAUUCCAUCAUUGAUAGAUGAUAUCACUAAUAGAUUAGAACAAUUCGAACUCAUUCCAUCUUAA